UUUCGCAAACGAGUUUUCAAGCUUUUCCAUUGAUGGUGAAGCCAACAAGCUACUCUCAAUCAUCUUCAGCAGCAUCGCCGACGGAUUUUGUUGACGUAAACAGCGGUAAUGGGAGUAGUAGUAGUAGUAGUAACAGUUCGAAGUAUAAGGGUGUUCGGAAAAGAAAAUGGGGGAGAUGGGUGUCGGAGAUUCGACUUCCCAAUAGCCGCGAGCGUAUCUGGUUGGGAUCUUACGACUCGGCGGAGAAAGCGGCGAGGGCGUUCGACGCGGCUCUUUAUUGUUUACGUGGCCGCGAUGCUAAGUUCAAUUUCCCGGAUAAUCCGCCCGAGAUCGCAAACGGGCAGUCGCUCAGCCCGCCGGAGAUUCAGUUGGCGGCCGCUAGGUUCGCCGAAGAGACGGAACUCAAUAAUAAUAACAAUGUAGGGACAGAACAACAGUAUACGUCGUCAACAUCGGUGUCGUAUGGGGCCGCGACAACGCAAGUGGGGGUGAGUGACGGUCAUCAUCAUGAUGAAGAAACGAUGGAUUGGUCGUUUUUGAGCACGUUGGAUAAUACCGAUUAUCAAGGGAUGUCCGAUUACGGCUUUUAUUCGCAACCCGGUGGUGAUCACUUCUAUCUUCCUCUUCCUCCGCCUGUCGACGACGACGACGGCGUCAAUGAUGAUGGAAACGGUGGCGACGCUUUUUCACAGUCUUCGUUUCUUUGGAACUUUUAAAGCUGAAAG